UUCUUACCGGACGCGACAGGGCCGCCAAUAACAGCUAUCAUCGACGAAUCUCUGGCUGGACCUGUAUCCGUCACUCGUUGCCUCACCCCGCCUCCUACAUCAACACAGCAAAAUUUGAUUCAUGUAAUGAUCCCCGUACUGACUUGUCUCGUGUCGACAGAUCGUUCUCCCACUAGAGGAUUUGUUUAACAAUGCACGCAAGGAGCAGACAACCUUCAACUCACUUGCGCUCAACCCAAGGAUCUUCAAGGCGGAUACCCAGGAACAAUCCAGGAGUGUCCCAUCAGGAACCCAUGGCUUUCACCUCUGCUUCCGUGGAUGAUUUCAUCAAUCCCAACUUCACCUUGGCUUCAACAUGCGUGUCCAUACGCCAUCGCUAUUUAGGACAACAUGAUGCAGUGCUACCCUCCGGGUACCCUGACAGUGAUGAUUUCAUGAUCUCGCCGACUUCAGCAAUGAGUUACCCCUCUGUGACUGCCCCGGGCACUUAUCCUCUCUCCGUGACUUCCAGCCUCAGUGGUUAUGAUGCCGACCCGGCAUAUGAUGAGUUCUUGACAGAUGAUGCGCUGUCGAGCAACAACUUCGUGGAUAUGAAUCUCGUCUCGUCAUCACACUACCCAGGACAAAUUCAAUCCCAGGAUGUUAUGAACCAUGGAUAUGUGCCAUCGGACCUGUCAUCGUAUAGCCCCGGGAUACUGAACAAUGCUUACACCACGGAGAUGCCGUUGGCAAACGCCCCAUUGACACCACCACCCGAGGAGCAAGUUCACCAGGAACUAUUCCACCACCAAUAUGUAUCCACUCAGGGCUACUUGGAAGAUCCAUAUCGCACGACCGAGGAUGCUCCUCUCUACCGGGCUUCUGCCAUGUCGAAGAACCCCAACGCCUACAGUGUUACAAAGCGGAUAACGAUCCAACCAAGGCCAAUCCGAUCCGCCAUUGAACGUGACGGCGCCGUGAGUGAUUCCGGAAGCUCUCCUUCCACGGACAUCCGAUCUUCCCAAGAGGAUCCAUCCGGAGACAAGACCAGGGUCAGGAACAGUCCACUGUAUGAUGCCAAACCGGACGAGGAUGGAUACUUCCACUGUCCCAUGGUCAAGGAGCACCAGUGCAAAUCGCACAAACCAACCAAGCAAAAGUGCAUCUACAACAAAUACUUGGAUUCCCAUUUGAGGCCGUACAGAUGCCGAUUCACGGACAAGCCAGAAUGCGAGGAUGCCAGGUUUUCAUCCAACGCCUGCCUCUUCAGGCACGAACGGGAAGCCCAUGGACUCCACAACCACGGAUUCAAUCCCUUCUUGUGUAAAUUCAUGGACUGUGACCGAUCCAAACAGGGAAACGGCUUCCCUCGCCGCUGGAACCAACGUGACCACAUGAGACGUGUCCAUGACUACGAAGAAAAGGAGACCAAGGAUCGCGGCGCCGAACAGAACAAGAGGAGAAAGACCCAGGGAGCGCCCACGUCGGCCGCGAUGAAGCGCUCUGCGUCGUCGGCUUACUCCAAGGCUCAAGCCAUGGCCGGUGCCGCCAUCAGCCCCCGGUAUGGCGGUCGUGUCAACCAGGCACGCUACAAUGCGCCCGUCAUGUACUCUGCUCAGAUGAGACCGGAAAAGGUCCAGUACCCCUCCAACAUGCCCGACGUGUCUCAGUGCUUGCCUUCGCGAUCCAAGGCCUAUCCCGGAUGAAAUGUUGUUGUUUUUUAAUGUCUUGUUUGUGAAGUCAAAUUUCUCGGAAAUCUAUCUCUUUGACCUUUUGUCGUCAGCGCAUCUGGAGAUGAUUUUUUCUUGUCUGCUGUUCUGCCAAUUGCAAACCAACUCUGAUGAUCGUCAUCAGCACUGGCCAACCUGUUGCAAAGAUCCGGGGGUUUUCAAACAACAUGCAACAGAAGUCAGUCUCUCAGUGCCCGUGAAUGAUUACUAUUGUUUGAACCGACUUUGGGAUUCACGAAUCAGUGCUGCACACACGUGUACCAGUCACUCUCUUAUUAUUCCCCUGGACAGGACACGCCCUCCGAGUCAGGGUGUCCCUUUGGAUCAUUUAUUUCCCUGGAUCAAGGCCAAAUUUUAUCAUCCAUGGGAUCCGAUGGACUUUGUUACAUUAUUCCGGACACUGUCGACCCAGAACAAAAAAAAAGGACAAAGGUGGAGGAAGAAUAUGUAUGAAUCAGGAAGGACGAUCUUGUGGAAUUGAAGGACCCUUCGCCAUCAGUGUCCAGUUUGACGUUGUUGUUACAAAAAGUGCUUAGAUGUAAACAGCCUCGAAGGCCAUAUUUCCCGGGUGUCGGUCCAUAGCUUCAGGAAUAGUACCAAAGGCAGUACAUGAAUGUACUCUAUGUGCCAUUUACGAGAAUCUUUGCAUACCUACCUG